AUGGAUGAAUCAUUGUAUCAAGUCGACAAUCAAGUCGACAAUCCAGUCAACAAUCCAGUUGAUGAUCAAAUCAAUGAAUCUCAAAAUGAAAGCCUCAAGAAAACUGAAAUCAAACAAGAAAACUACUUGGGUUUAUAUUUUAAUUCAAUUCUAAAUCAAAUCUACGCUGUUUAUACUCCAGAACAAAUUCAAGCAUCAUUAUACUUUGUUUUUUUUAGUUUAGCCUUCUUCUUCUUAAAUUUAUAUCUUUUUGUUAAAGAAACUCUUGGUAUCUUCAUCGAAUCCUUUUCACAUUAUCUAGUUGCUACUUUCAAUGCCUUGAAUAUUUCUUUAGGUUUUCCAUCGCCUUUUAAAGUUUCAAGUUUAUUGUCAAUCCCAAAAAUCUUGAGUUUCCUCAACCCUUCAAAUAUCUCUUCUAAUUUCUCAAAGAAUUCUUUAAAUCCCUUUUUAACCAAUUUAUAUUCUCUUCAUUCGAAUUUGGUCGAAGCAAUAACCUCUCAAUUUUUGGCCACCAUUGUUCCAUUGAACUACAUUUCGGUUCAAAAGGCCUUACUACCAACCUCUGAUAAUUCCCUUCCAGACCAUAUUUCCAUUAUCUUAUCAAAAAACAAACGAGUCGCUUCUCCCCCUGAUAAUAUUCAAGAUCCUGAAAUGAAUUCAAGUGGAAAUUGGACUAUCCCUGAAACUCCAGAAAAUUUGAAGGCUGUUUAUUCAAAUUAUAACCAUUUUGUAGCUGAAUCGGAAUUCAAAGCUUCGGAAAAAAUCAGAAUCCUAACUGAAACUGCAACAAUAGCAUCUUGGUGUUCUGCUUUAAAAAUAAAAACGCUAUCAAUUUAUGAGCAAUCUGGUGACGCUUGGGAAAACGUUGAUCAUGUUUCUAAUGUAAUUGCCGCCGAUUUAAAAGCUUUAUAUGGUAAAUCAAAGCACCCCUCUGUUAAAAUCGUUAAUUUCAAUUCUGGAGAAACGUAUUUUAUUCUUCCUGACGCUGGUGUAACUCCUGCUCCAACUGCAAAUUAUAAUCGCUCAACAACUAAAAACGAAAAUGAAAACAAAAAUGGAAAGGAAAAUGGAAAGGAAAAUAAAAAUGAAAAUGAAAAUGAAAAUGAAAAUGAGAAAGAGAAAGAGAACGAAAAAUCAAAUUCUCCACAAAUUUCCAUUUCUGAUUUAAUUUUCACUGAAUUAACUUUAAUUUUGUUAUCGAAAAAAGAUGGAAUGGAACACUUUGCUACCUUCACAAGAAGUUUAAUUAACCAAAACAUAUCUUCUGAAGCAAAAGUCGAUCAAUUAAUUAACUCUGAAAUCAAUCGUUAUAGAAAUAUUAAACCUGAUAUUAUUCUUAAACCAAAUCCCAACAGACGUAAUUUUCCAAAUUCUUUAUUAAACUUCCCAUUAAUUACCGAUGAUACAAAAACUCUUUUUUAUGCAAGAAAUGAAAAUUUAACUUUUAACUUUUUCAUCAGAGGCAUUAGAUAUUAUUUAAAAGCUAAUAAUGAUCAAGAAUAA